UCCUGGACCGACUUGAGAUAACAUCCGUGUGCAUGACACUUCCUCCUGUGAUGGUGAAGGAAACUGUGCUCAUUAUUUGAGGAUUUCUGUGGAGACGUUCAGAGGAGCACCACACAGCAUGCACACAGACGAGGCGCUGAGAGACGUCGGUCCCAGAGAGGUGAAGGUGAUUCAUUUCUCUAGUGGAGAGACUCUGACAGAGGAGGAGGACAGUGAGGAAGAGGAGGCACAGCAUCAGCUUCAUCAAGUGCCCAGUGUUUCUGACCCGGGAACCUGGACAUGGAAGGAUUAUUCUCGGUUUUGGGGAACACUGAUUUUGAGGAAAUCCUUACUGCUUUGUGAUUUUCUUGGAGAGAAAAUGGCUGGUUUGCUGGGUCUGAAUACUGCCAAAUAUCAGUACGCUGUUGACCAGUAUCAAAGACAACAUAAGAAUGAAACAGAAGGAGAAGUUUUAUCCGCAAGCACCAGUGUGAAUGAUGAGGAGAUAAUUAACCUGUCAAAAAUAGCAAGCAAACACACACAGUAUGGAGCUACAAAUGUGCAGGAGCUGGAAGAAACACUAAGAUAUAAAGGGGAGCAGAAUGAAGGAUACAACUCUUAUGAAUAAUGGAUUGUGAUUUUUUUAAUUUUUAAUUUUAUUUACUUAUUUAAUUUAUAAAUGUCACACUAAGCAUUGAAGGUAUUUCUGAUACACAAAUAAAAAACUUUGGUUCUUCCA